AUGCCAAAAAAAUCAAAUUCAUUUUCUGAUUUAAAUCUGAUAGAAGCCAUAAAGGCAGUAGACAAUGGAAUUUCUAAAAAAGCUGCUGCCAAACAAUUUGGAGUUGCUAGGUCCACUCUACAAUUUAGAAUAAAACAUAGGGAUAAAGAAACAUUUUCAUGUGGACCUUCAAGUGUUUUGAGUGUUGAAGAAGAGAAAUCACUUGUUAAAUGGCUUCUAGAUUGUUCUAAAAAAGGAUUUCCUAGGCGACGUGAGGAUCUACAACAGAGUGUUAAAUUGUUUUUGGAUGACCAGGGAAGAUCUAGUCCGUUUACUAAUAAUUUGCCUGGAAUUACUUGGUAUAAAGCAUUUUUAAAAAGAAAUCCUAUAAUUUCACAAAGAACCAGUGAGCAUGUGACUUCUGCUAGUGGAAAUGUGAGCGAAGAAAAUAUAAAAAAAUGGUUUAAUGACAUUCACGCAUAUUUAUCUGAUGAAAAAUUGGUAGAUAUUUUAAAUGACCCAGAAAGAAUUUUCAAUGGUGACGAAACUGGUUUUUCACUCUGCCCUAAAACCAAAUCUGUCUUAGGCCCAAGAGGGGCUAAAGAUAUUUAUGAAAUCGCUAAAGGGAAUGAAAAAGAAAAUAUUACUGCCAUGUUUACAUUUAAUGCAGCUGGUCAGAUGUGUAAUCCAAUGAUCAUUUAUAAAUAUCAAAGAAUACCUCAAAAUAUAAUUGACACAAUACCACCUCAUUGGGGAGUUGGGCGGUCAGAUACAGGUUGGAUGAAAGCAGAAGUUUUUUAUGAAUAUAUAGCAAAUAUUUUCUACCCGUUUCUUGUUGAAAAAAAUAUUCAAUUUCCAGUUCUUCUUUUUGUUGAUGGGCAUAAAAGCCACUUAACAUAUCAAUUAAGUACUUUAUGUUCAGACUUAAAAAUAAUUUUAAUUGCAUUAUACCCAAAUGCAACCCGUAUUUUACAACCUGCAGAUGUAUCUGCAUUUAGGCCUUUGAAAUCUGGAUGGAAAAAAGGUUUAUCAGAAUGGCGAAAUAAAAAUCCACACAGUUCGGUGACAAAAAAAGAUUUUGCACCGAUACUUGAUGCUGUAUUAAAAACUACUGUUAAAAGUAGUACCCUAAUAAACGGUUUCAAAGCAUGUGGACUCUUUCCUUGGAAUCCAGAUCAAAUAGAUUAUAAAAAAUGCUUGGGUAAAAAUUAUUUUACUACUUUAAAUGAAACAACAACAACAAUUAACAUUGCCAAUAAUAUCAAAAAUUUAAAUAUUAAAGAAUUUUCUGAUAUUAUUGGCAUUGAAACAUUAGAAAAAUUUAAUAAUAUUGAGAACAUUGUUGAAACAGAAAAUCAAUCUGAAGAAUUUUUUAUUUUAUACAGAAUUUAUGAACAAUUAAAAGGUAAUCAACAGAACAGCGAAGUAGACCUUGAACUUGAAAAAGAAAAAUCUAAUGCAGAUCAGUCAAACUCUGCUAUUGUUACAACAAGUUCUUCUGAAGUGGAAUUAGAAAAAGAAAUUUUAGGGACUCCAAUUAACCACCCGGACACCCUAAUAAAAAACAAUAAAAAUCAUAUAAUUCUAAAAAAGUUAGAAAUAUCACCAAUUGAGUCAUGUUUGAUUUGGCCUGUGACUCCUGAAAGAAAAGGUACAAGAAUAACAGAAAGGGUACCAUAUGUAAUUACAUCAGAUAAUUGGAAAAACUUAUAUGAAAAUAAAGAAAAAAAGAAACGGUCUAUUGAAGAAGAAAAAGAAAUGAGAAAGAAAACUAGGGAAGAAAACAAAAUAUUGAAAGAAACAAAACCAAAAAAGACAAAUAAAAGAAAUAUUGUAAAAAAUUUAUUUUCAGAUUUAAGUAGAAAUUAUAAACCAGAAACAGUGACUAGUCAAACUAUUAAUUUAGAAACUUUAAAAUUUAAGGAUUCAUAUAAUAUUAUAGAUGAACUACCAAGUUCACCAAACCCUUGUAGCAAUAUCUAUAACAGUUGCAUUAUUAAAACAGGAUGUUGUAAAUUAUGUAAUACUGACAUAGAACAAUCAAACUUGGGUAUUGAAUGUAAUUUUUGCUGUGAUAAAUUCCACCAAAAAUGUGCCAACUAUGAUUCAUUUUGUGAUCUUACUAGUGAUGAAACACUAUUUAUAUGCGAAAGUUGUGAAAAAUCGGUAAUUGUUAACUAA